CUCCCUGACCAGGAGGCGUCAGCGCUCAAACCAGCUGCGGGCCCCAUCAGAGCUCCAGGAUAUGCAGAACCUUCUGGCGGUGCCUGACCCAGCGUCAUGAGGACCUGUCUGCCUCGAAUCAGCCGUCUGAACCAUGCCGCCCAGUGGCUCUUGCUUUUGGCGGUGUUGGUGGUUUUCCUCUUCCUGCUGCCCUCCUUUAUGAAGGAGCCCAACAUAAAACCUUCCAGGGAUCAGCACACGCUGGACGAGAAGAGGUCUCCAGGGUUUCUCCACAAGACUGCAUGGCAGGUCACCACCGCAGGAGGAAGGACAAUGGCCCCGGGGGCGCUGUCAGCACAGGAGAACAGCACAGAGGCCCCCCUGGCCCAGGCCACCGCACACCCCACCCAGAAGGACACCAGAGCAGAGGCCAGUGAGAAGAAGGACCCCAUGCAGGACACGCUGCCUCCGAAGGCGCAGGACAGGACGGUGGCCUCUGAUGGGGCAGAGACACUGUCGCUGAGCAGUCAGGACCCCAGGACCAUCAAAGGAAAGCAGGACCAGAAGAAGGAGCCCACAGCCGCCAGGACAGAGCCCCCAAAGCCUCAGGGCAAAGCGCAGGCCACAGCAAGGACACCCGUGCCAAAAAGUCAGGCCGAGGCACUGACCAUGCCAGGAGCAGGGUCCAGGGGGAGGACAGUGAAAGGAGUGACCACAGUGGUUGUCCCCCCCCGGGAGACAGUCCGGGCCACACCACCCUCCACUCCCUUCUGGAACCGCACCACAGAGAGAAAGCUAAGUCUGCGGGCCACCAACUUCAAGUCUGAGCCCCAGUGGGAUUUUGAGGAACAAUAUAGCUUUGACACGCGGGCCCUACAGUCGAGCUGCCCCGACUCAGUGAAGGUCAAGGCCUCCAAGUCACCCUGGCUCCAGAAGCUCUUUCUGGCCAAUCUCACCCUCUUCCUGGACUCCGACCACUUCAACCAGAGCGAGUGGGAGCGCCUAGAGCACUUCGCACCGCCCUUUGGCUUCAUGGAGCUCAACCACUCCCUGGUGCAGAAGGUGGUGAAACACUUCCCUCCGGUGCCCCAGCAGCAGCUGCUCCUGGCCGCCCUGCCCCCCGGGAGCUCCCAGUGCAUCACCUGUGCCGUGGUGGGCAACGGGGGCAUCCUGAACAACUCCCACAUGGGCCAGGAGAUAGACAGCCACAAUUACGUGUUCCGACUGAGUGGAGCUAUCACCAAGGGCUACGAACAGGAUGUGGGUACCCGGACGUCCUUCUACGGCUUCACCGCCUUCUCCAUAACGCAGUCCCUGCUUGCCUUGGGCGGUCGGGGUUUCCGGCACGUGCCCCUGGGGAAGGAUGUCCGCUACCUGCACUUCCUGGAGGGUACCCGAGACUACGAGUGGCUGGAAGCGCUACUUCUGAAUCAGACGCUGGUGAAAAGCCUUCUAUGGUUCAGGCGCCGGCCCCAGGAGGCCUUCCGGGAAAGCUUGCGGAUGGACAGGUACCUGCUGAUGCACCCAGACUUGAUGCGCUACAUAAAGAACAGGUUUCUGAGAUCGAAGACCCUGGAUACUAAACACUGGAGAAUCUACCGCCCCACCACGGGAGCCCUCCUGUUGCUCACGGCCCUUCAGCUCUGUGACCAGGUGAGCGCCUAUGGCUUCAUCACCGAGGGCCAUGAGCGCUUUUCUGACCACUACUAUGAUAAGUCCUGGAAACGAACCGUCUUUUACAUCAACCAUGACUUCCCGUUAGAGAGAACGCUCUGGAAGCGGUUGCACGACGAAGGUAUCAUCCGACUGUACCAGCGGCCCAUAAUUUCCAAACCAAAGAUGUGA